GUGGUGACACCUGUCACCCGGCCACGUUUAGGCGUCGGUCCAAAAUCACGGUAUCUGAUUGGCAAGGUUGGAGGGGCUGGACGCCGCCGAUUGGUCAGUCGGACGUCGGACCAGGUUUACCCGGUUACGGAAGCCGACGAGGACGGAGAACGGGUCGGGCGUGAAGGAAGUUAGCGGCAGAAUCCCAGAUGUCGGCGGAGAGAGCCCCGGAUCCAAUGGCGUCCUCAGAGGCCAGCGGCAGCGGCGGGAAUGUCGAGGGCUCCGAGCCCCCCGUCACCUACUACCGGCUGGAGGAGGUGGCGAAGCGGAACACGGCGGAGGAGACGUGGAUGGUGAUCCACGGGCGAGUCUACGAUAUCACCCGCUUCCUCAGCGAGCAUCCUGGUGGGGAAGAGGUUCUGCUGGAACAAGCUGGUGCUGAUGCAACUGAAAGCUUUGAAGAUGUUGGCCACUCUCCUGAUGCCAGGGAGAUGCUAAAGCAGUACUACAUUGGUGAUGUCCAUCCGAGUGACCUUAAACCUAAAGGUGAUAACAAGGAUCCUUCAAAAAACAAUUCAUGCCAAAGUUCCUGGGCAUAUUGGAUUAUCCCCAUCGUGGGCGCUGUUCUUAUAGGUUUCCUGUAUCGUCACUUCUGGGCCGACAGCAAAUCCUCCUGAGGAGGCCAUGUUGAAAUGCGGAGCAUGCUCCUGGGAUGAGAGGUGGAGACUUGUUUGGAGGCUGCAGGGUGCUCCCUCCUUGGAUCCUGCCAGUUGUUUUCUUUCCCCUUGGAGCCAAGAUGGUUGACCAGAUAUCUAUCCUUCUUCAAGACCAGAAUCUUUCAUCAGCCAGAUCUUGAUGCCCAAAGCACCUGCUCUUGCUGUGUCCUUGCCAGAGUUCCUUCUCACUGGUUCCCACUCCUUCCCUUCAUUUCAAGAGUUGAUGCCAAUGACUUAGAGUUCCUAUGUUAGUGACAUGGCUUUUGGGGACAGUACAUGGUUUCUGAUAUUUUGAAUUCACAGUAGACAGUUAAGGAAACAACAGUCUAGUUAUGAAUCUUUUCCCCAUUUUUCUUUUAAGUAAAUUUUUUUUUUUUAAAUUUCUGAUUUAAUUUUGUCAUUCAUCAUAAGGGAUUUAUGAAGUUGUGUAUCUCUUAUUUCAAGCACACCUGCCAAAUGAUCUUAUUUAUGAUUGUUAGAAAUAAGGGGCCAGCAAGAUGGCUCAUUGGAUAAAAGCUGUUGCCGCAAAGCGUAUGACCUAGGUUUGAGUCCCUGAACCCACAGGGUAGGAGGAGAGAACCAAUUCCCAAAAGUUGUCCUCUGACUUCCACAUGUGUGCUGUGGUCUUUGUACACACACACACACACACACACACACACACACACACACACACCAGAUAUAAUUUUUAAAACUAGAAGAACAGCAACAGUGGCUGUCUCCCCUGCCACAUAGUGUAGCUGGUGGCUCCUCCUUUCCCUAAGUCCAACCUCUCUUUUCCCAAAAGUACUUCACAAAACUGUGCAUCCCUUUGAUUUCUUAGGGAUAUAAGAGCUGAAGAAGGGCCAUCUUCAGAAUAAUCUCUUUUACAAAGAGAACCAAACACUACUUAUAGGAGAACAGUUUAAAAAGUGACCAACAUGCGCUCUCUGGUCUGACACCGGUUUCUAACUAUUUUCCGCCCUGGCUGUCUUUACUGGUAGAAGAUGAAUGUGUGGUUAUCCAUGGAACCUCUUUACAGGUCUGUGGGGCUUUCUGCUUUUUUGUUUACUGAUUAGCAAAUUUCUGAUUCCCUGUCUUAAAGUAAGAGACUUAGGCUUGAUCUUAUGUUUAUCUCAGUAAAAUAACUUAAAUGUAAAUGUCAUUGUCCGGCAUGCCAUUUCAGAUUGGCAGACCGUGCCAAGAGACUUCUGUUUUCAUCUAUUUGCCUCCAUGGCUCCAACUUGGUGACUUUGUCCUACUUUUAUUGAGAAUAAUGAUGAGUCUGGAAGGUUUUUUUCCUCCUUGGAUAUGAAUUUCACUGGAAAGAAGGCAAUCAUUUAAAAUUCCUUUUCUCAUUGGUCCGGGCAUUUUUCUGGCACCUCUGACUAUAUUCUCUCUCCCUGUGGCAGUGCCUGACAGUACUCAGCUGUUUCUUAGUUUCUAUGAUCUUUCUUCACAUCUUUGUUCAUUACCAGUCAGCUUCUGGGCUGGUGUCACAUCCAGCAGGAAACCAUGGAAUU